UAAGGGACUCUCUUCUGUCCCUGCCUCGCUUGCCUGUCCCCCCAUCUGCCCACUGCUCAGGGCCCAGUCUUGAUGGAGCUCCUCAGCUUCAGAGACACAGCACAUAGGUUAACCCAGUCCAAGACAGAGAUUUUUUAUUAUUUUUUUUUGGCUUUUGGUAAUGGAGGAGUCAAGAAAUGUCCCCUUUGAAGGAGCUGUGUGUCAUCAUUUUCUGCACCCACCUCUGUCCCCAGUUGAGUGUCCAUUCUCUGGAAAGCCAAAAACACUGGAAUCCCAUAGAAUCAUCUCAGAUUCUCCAUCAUGUACUGGGCCAGGGAGGGACGUGAGGGGAGUGGGAGGAUGUGGGGCUGAACAGGUCAUCUUUACCUGCCAGCACCAAGGGCCUUCCUGGGCUCCUGCACCACGACUCACCUGCAGAUGCUGCUCCUGGUCACCUGCCUCCUGGGGCCUUCUCUUCAGCACACCCGUGCAGGCUUGCUACUGUUCAGAGCAGGACCAUCUGCUCAGACCCUGGAGAUUGGAGGGCAAAAAGAAGGCUGGUCUCCAAGUGGCUCCAGAGUUCCUGAAGCGUGGCCCCCACCUCCUACGGGCCACCGAAAUCCCACCCACGCUCAGCCCAAGCCCAGCCUCCAAGAAGCCUUCCGCGGACUCCAGGGCUGCCCUGAGCCUCUCUCCGCUGGUUGUCCGUAGCGUGGCCCACCACGGCAUCAGGACGCGUUGGGACCCCGGGAUCUGUUUGGCAGGUUCAUUUCUCAAGCCCUAGAGCCGGGUGGUCCAGGCACUUCACUGAUCUAGGAACAUGAGCAAAGCGAAGAAAAAGAACUCAUUUGGUAUGCCUAGGGUUCACGAUGAACCAGAGGAGAGGAGGAAUGUUCCAGAAAGUUCUGGUAUUUCCAAUCAGCAUGGGCAACAAGGGCAGCAGCAAUCGGACCAUCUGCAUAGGAUGUCCCGGGAGCCCCUGGACUGCCCAGAUGACUCGGACAAUGUGGACUUCCCGUACGACGUGGACUACCUGGACGUUGCGGACUCCCAGGACAACUCGGAGUCCACAGAUGAUGCGGACUCCCCGGGUGACACGGAGUCCACAGAAGACGCAGACUCCCCGGAUGACAUGGACUCCCUGACACAGCACCAGCCUGUUUAUCAAGAGUUGACCGCUGUCACCCAGCAGCAGUGGAACCGCCGGGCCCUGGGCUUGUCUGAGCUCCAGGCCACUUACUCCUCCAAAGUGGAAGUAGGAGACGAAGCCGUGGCUGGCCCAAGCCACCUACCACCAGGACAUGAGUAUGGCUGGCCUCACUUGUGCCCUCCCAGUGCAGAAGUCUACUCACUGCUCAGCAAAAUUCCCCUUGUUCCAGAUAAUGUCGUGGUUACACGGAGGGCCCCGUGGACUACCUGGAAGGUUGGCACACUCGGCCAUGGAAAGAGAGUCUUUGCUGUUGCUAUCAGUCGCUCAACACACCACGUGUACACGUGUGGCACCGGCUGCAUCAAGGUGUGGGACAAGAGUGCUCUGCAUGCCACGGACAGCGCCCCUCAGGCCCAGCUGGAUCUUCAGGACCCGAAUGACUCUGUCUUCACCUGCAAGCUGUUUCCUGAUGAGCAGAGCCUGAUCACGGGGGGUCUGUCGCAGAGGCAGACCCUGACUGUCUGGGACCUGGCACCCACGCCCCGAGUUCGAGUACACCUGCCCACUGCAAACUCCAUGUGCCCUUCCCUGGCUCUCUCCCAUGAUGCCCGCCUCUGCUUCGCUUGUUUCAAAGGAUGUGUGGAGAUUUGGGAUGUGCACAACCAAAUCUUGGUCAGGAAGCAUGACAUCCCCAAGUCCGGGUCUCGACGGAUUGAGGUCGCAGGCAACAAGUUCUGGACGGGAGGCGAAGACACCAUCCUGUAUUCCUGGGACCUGAGGACCUACCGGAUGCUGCGGCAGUGUUGCUUACAUUACGAGAUCCUAAGCAUCACCCAUGACCCCAGCGAGGAGUGGGUCCUAGCGGGCUUGAGGACGGGCAGUAUUUUCAUCUUACACACUCAUCGGGACGAUUGGUUUAAGACUGUCGCACAAAAAUACUACCACCACCACAACAUCAAGUUCGCUUCCUCUGGGAGCUUUUUUGUGGCCACAACAGAUACGUCCAUCAACUUCUUCCAGGCGGCUUCUCUACAGAAGUCGUUUGAGGUAGUGGAGCCUUUUGAAAUCCUGUGUUGUGACAUGUCCCCCGACAACCAGUAUCUGAUCACGGGCUCCAAGAACAGUGCCACUACUUACCAGCUCUUGUACUGAAGCUUGGGAGCCACGGUCAUGCCAGUGAAGACUCCACCUUGGGGCUAGCGUGGCUGAGACGAUGACCUCAGGGUGCCAGAUGACUCUUCCUCCUCAGCCUUGGUGGCAGGUCAUCUGCCCCUGCCCCAUCCUGCCCUCCCAGAGUUUUAUUACUUGGCUUGGGGCUUCUCCUUUUAUUUUUUUUACCACUGAUUUCUGGGCUUGGAUAGGGAAACUCAAUGAGAUCUGGCCUUCGACUGGUACCAAGUGCCAGAAUUAGGCUCAGGACCUCUCACAAGUCAGAUAAAUGAGGUUAUCAUGAAGUAAUGAAUAAAGUGACAAAGCAAAAACCAAA